CAGCUGAUCGGAGGGAGAGGAGGGUCGCGCAGGUGCUCCCGAUGGCCGUGGGAAAUCUCGUCUGAUUACUGUCUGAUUUGAAGGCCGAUAAAUAACUCCCCUGCAAGCGUUUCAAAAUCUUGGUCGCGUAGGCCUAUAUUCAAGUUUAUCGACGACGGCUGGGGAAAGAAACGCUGUCAAAAAGCUUUUUUUUAUUUAAGAAAAAAAAGGAAGAUCGCGGCGGCAUGGAGACCACAGACUCCAGGAUGGACUACUCGAUGGUGAAGAGGCUCCUCUCGGCCCUUAUGUAUGGCGUGUGUUCGUUCCUCAUCGUCGUGGUGAACAAGACGGUGUUAACGACGUACAAAUUCCCGUCAUUCCAAUUCGUAGCGUUAGGACAGAUGACAGCGACGGUGGUGGUCCUCUUCGUGGCCAAGCGUCUCAAAAUCGUGGACUAUCCCGAGUUCACGCCGGACAUCGUCAAUAAAAUAUGGCCUCUGCCCCUGAUCUACGUGGGGAACCUGAUCUUCGGGUUGGGAGGCACCAAGAGGCUCAGUUUGCCGAUGUUCACUGUCCUGCGGAGAUUUUCCAUUCUCUUCACCAUGAUUGGAGAAAAAUUAAUUUUAGGGAAUAACCCACCUUUUACUAUUCAAUUAACUGUGUACACCAUGAUCCUUGGCUCCAUCAUCGCGGCAUUAAACGAUAUCUCCUUCGAUGCGGUGGGCUACUUCUUUGUGCUAUCCAACAACGUCUUCACGGCAGCCAAUGGUGUCUAUGUUAAGAAGAAGUUGGACAGUAAGGAUCUGGGGAAGUAUGGCCUACUGUUCUACAAUUCACUCUUCAUGCUGCCGUUCGCCGUCUCCUUCAGCUGGUUCAACGGCGAUCUUGAUAAGGCAGUGGCAUACGAAGGCUGGAGCGACCUGUGGUUCACGGUCCAGUUCAUCAUGUCGUGCAUCAUGGGAUUCAUCCUGAUGUACUCGGUGAUGCUGUGCACGCAGUACAACUCUGCCCUCACCACCACCAUCAUCGGGUGCCUCAAGAACAUCUUCGUUACGUACUUAGGGAUGAUUAUUGGAGGCGACUACGUGUUCUCCAUCUACAAUUUCGCGGGGCUCAAUAUCAGGUAUAGAUGGAAUCUUCUCAUUGUAUUUAUUUGAUGAUCAUUAAUUAACCUUUUGUGUUUUGCAGUGGUCUCUUUCUUUUCUUGUGUUGUUAUUACUUUUU